CAAAAACGACGCCGUGCAAAGUAGAUACCGCCCGUUAGCGGAACUUGCCUUGCUUGUUACAACUCCUGCAUGCCCUCCUUCCUCACCUUCCAUCAUCCAUCCACCCGGGGCCCGUCGCAACGACAAGACCACAACCCGCCUGCGCUGUUGCCACAUCUCCCUGUUCAUCAUGUCCGGACGUCGCUUGAGAACUCGCAAGCAGCUGACGCCACCCGCUAGUCCUGCGCCCGCCGUGUCGACGAGACCGCGAAGGGGCACAGUGAACAGAGCCCCGCCCACCACCAUAGAACGUAGCUCGCCGGACGAGACCCGUGUCAGCUCCAUACGCCUGACUGUGAAGGCUGACCCCAAGAAACUGAAGGAGGCCACCUCCGGCGGCGCGACGCCCUCGAAGAGGCAGGUGGGAGCUAACUCGCGAGACUCCUUUGUCGGCGGUGGGAUUGUGACGGGGACACGUUCGACGCGGAAGAAGGCAAUCGUCGAAUCGGAGAGCGAAGAGGACGAGGAGGAAGACGAAGAAGAGGUGGAGCAGGAGGAUUUUGAUGAGGAGGAGGAUGCUGAGGGUGAGGAGGACGAGGAUGCAGAGGGAGAAGAGGAUGAGGACGAAGAAAUGGCCGACGAGGACGAAGAUGCUGAAGGGGACGAGGACGAGGUGAUGGUGGACGCCCCCGCCGUCACUUCGAAGGGCCGAGCCGUACCCAAACCUCAGGUCACGGUCACGCCAGCGCUCCCUUCAGUAGAAGACAAGGAAAUGGCCAUGGACGAUGAUGAGGACGAGGAACUGUCCGAUUUGAGCGAUGAAGAACUAGAAGGAGGCGAGGACGGCUUAGGGGCCGAUGCUGGAGAGGACGAUGACGAUGACAGCGAUGAGGACAUAAGUCGCAGUCAAACUCCUGAUCCCAGCAAGUUGACACGGCGGCAGAGACAAGAAGCAGUAGGCUUAAUGGCUCUCUCUAACGAAGCACAAAAGAAGAAGCAUUUUACCGCCGAAGAGAUCUCCAUGCGCCGCGCCGAAAUGGCGCGUCGGCGCAAAGCUCUCUCCGAGAAGCGCAACGAUGAAGAGAAGCAAGACACCAUCAACCGACUACUCAAACGGCAAGCGUCGAAGCGGCAGCGAAAGGCUGACGUCGAGGCUGACCGGAUUGCCGAAGAGGGCGAGGACGAGACGGUCAAGCCGAACAAACUUUACACGAGGUACAUACAAAAUACUCACGGUGUAGUACUGGGAGUUCCGCAGGAGUGGGUGGAUGCCGGCUAUGUGGGUGGCGUGUUUGGGAAGGACGGCGUAAAGGGAGCGAGUGUGAAGUGGACCGGUCGGAUGGUAGAAGUCAUCGAUUAGAUGCUCUUCACAACAGCUCGUCUUGAGUGAUCAUGAGCUCACUGUUUUGGUCCUUAUGCAGCAGAUGCUAUGUCCUAGAGCCACACAACCGUCGAACACUUGGUACAUAUCAAGUCAGAGACAUAAGGGGCCCACGGCAUAAAGAAGUGGCCCCCUCCGAGGCGCCCUCGCAGUUUUCUCUAUGAUCCGGAAUCGUCCGUUUCGUCCUUCUGCCACACAGACUACUCUCGAGGCAAACUGACUUCUUAACCCGCUAACGAGGUAAUUUCAGUAUAGCAGAUGCAUACAUGUACUUCCCAGCAUUCACAUACGAGUAUCGGCUCUCAAUAUUUAGGGAUAGAAAAUGGAAGCCGAGACGUCGCUCCCGGGCAAUCACCGGUUAAUACUGUAAUUCCAGCUUGUCAUUCUAUCAAGAGUGUAAUAUUUAUCCUUUCAGCACUAUCGCUCCACAUCUACCAGAAGCAUAGCUGCAUAAUUUCAACCUCAUGCUUUCCAAUUCCUAAAGCAAGUCCGGGUAUCAAC